CAUUUCUUUUUCUUUUCUUCAUCUAAUUUUCCUUCAACAAAAGUGCAAAUUCUUGCCUUCUUAGCUUGGACUCUCUCUCUCUAAAGUUCAUACAAAACAAAAGCCUAAGAAAACAGAAAGUUCAAACAUUUAACAAUCUCUCUUUCUUUCUUUUUUUCUCUUUCUCUCUGCAAAACCCCGAAACGCAGAAAACAAAACAAACACACCUCCAACGACAACACACAACACAAACCAAACGACUAACUAACAGCAAAACGCAAACACUCUCCUCAAAACGACAACCGCCACAAAACAACACAACCACCGCCCCUCACCGCCUUCAUCUUCCCUCUCUCUCUCAAGGGUCCAUGGCUGAACUCGGAAACAACAACAACGGCGCCAAAACGACGUCGUCUAGGUUCUCCUUCUUCAACCGCUCCCUCACCACGCUCCGCAACGAACCACCGCCGCAGAAGCCGCCGCAGCUGGACCGUUCGCUCACGAAGCUCGUCGAAUCCGGGCGCGGCGGCGGCGGCGGCAGCGUCGUCAAGCGCCUCUGCAGCUUCUUCGAAUCCGCAAAACCUUCCUCUCCGGAAAAACAAAAAAAUCCAAAGCUCAAACCCUCGAAAUUCAUCGAAAACUCAAACUCCGAUUCCGCGUCGAAAUCGCUCGAUUCGCCGGCGAUCCGAUUACCGGGAACCGAGGAUCGGAUCGUGUUGUACUUCACUAGCUUGCGUGGAAUUCGAAGAACCUACGAAGAUUGCUACGCGGUGCGGAUGAUAUUUCGGGGAUUUAGGGUUUGGGUUGACGAGCGCGACAUUUCGAUGGACGCGAAUUACCGUAAGGAGUUGAUGAGCGCGUUGUUUGGAGAGAAUAACAAUAACAACAACAAGAAGGGACACGUGGCGCUUCCGCAGGUUUUUAUAAGGGGGCGGCACGUGGGGGGUGCUGACGUCAUCAAGCACAUGUGGGAGGUGGGGGAGCUGGAGAAGGUUCUGGAAGGGUUGCCACGGACCAAAGGAGGGUUUGUUUGUGAGAGUUGUGGGGAUGUGAGGUUUGUGCCGUGUGGGAACUGCAGUGGGAGUAGGAAGGUCUUUGAUGAGGAUGAAGAGGUGUUGAAGAGGUGUUUGGAGUGCAAUGAGAAUGGCUUGAUUCGGUGUCCUAAUUGUUGCUCUUCUUGAAGUUUGCAAAAAAUAAAAAUAAAACAGAAAAAAAGAAAUAAAAAAGAAGAAAAAUUUGAAACCUUGGUGUGUGUAGUUGAUGUUUUGCAUGAAACUUAGAUGCGAUUCCUUUUGGUUCUGGUGUUGUUGUCCAGUCAGAAUUGGAGUUUAACGUGUGGGGUGAAGGUUUGCAACUUUGCAUUGAAGAUCAACAUGGAUUACAUAGUGAAGCUCCAAUUUCGUGUGUUUUUGGUGUUGUUAUCUAAUCAGAAUUGGAGUUUCACGUGUGGGGUGAAGGUUUGCAUUGAAGAUCAACAUGGAUUAUUGUUGUGAAGCUUCGGUCUUGUGUGUAUUCGGUUCUGUUAUCUAAUCAGAAUUGGUUCCAGUAUGUAAUAGAGGUUUGCAUUGAAGAUCAACGCAGGUUGUCAGAGUGAAACUUCAAUUUUGAUUGGAGAAUGACAUUGAAAGCAUGUGAGGAACUGUGUGUAGGUUUUUGUGGUGGUUGUUUUUGCAUAUAUAGGAUGUGCACAAGUUUAGGUGUGGUUAUGUGAUUUGAAGGUGUUUGGAUGGAAUGAGUUUGGUUAAAGGUUACGCGGUGAUUCAAAACACUCCUUGAAUUUUUUUUAUUGGGUGUUUUUUCUUGUUGUUUUAUUUGUGUUAUGAGCGGAUGGUUUCUUUUUUCAGCUCCUUGAACUGCAUUUUGUUCAAGAGUGUGAUUUUUAUCUUCCACACAAAAAAAAUACCACAUGGGUUUGAGUAUGAUGAUGGCCGUUGUAGUUCAUUCACAAUACCGAGGAGUGUUUCUUCUCGAAACAAUGUAAAUAUUUAGUGUUAUUAUCAAAGCGAUUUGCAAAUAUUGUCCAUUACAGUGUAUAUUGAGAGUUUGUGUUUGUUUUUUCUA